GCUGCAUAGAACAGUCAGUCACUCGCAGACGGUGUUUCUUAGCUCGUGGGUAUUGUACUGCUACCGAGUCGAAAAGAAAGAAUAAGAACAAUAACAAUAAUAGCUGUGGAAGAAUAGGGCACUAAAAGGAGGCAGGCUGUUUUGCAUUUGAAAUCUGUACUCUUUUGAAAAAGUGUUGUUCUCCACUCGUGCAUGUUCAAAUCGGAGGAGUAUAUCAGAGCCGUGAGUCGGCCAGACUUUUAGUUUCUACGCGAGCGGCAAUACCAGAGAGGAGGCAUGAUUUUGAGACGGAGUUCAAUCUUUGCUGGUUUUCUCUUACUUGCAAUUUCACUAUGCUUGCGAAUCAAGGUGUCUGUUGCAUCGGGGCACUUCGAGCUACAGAUCGUUUCGAUGCAGAAUGUGAACGGCGAAUUGCAGAACGGAUUGUGUUGCGACGGAUCUCGGAAUGGAGCUGAUGGAAAAUGCACGCGGGACGAAUGCGAUACUUAUUUCAAAGUGUGCCUGAAGGAAUACCAGUCCAGGGUUUCUGCAGCGGGGCCUUGCAGCUUCGGCACUGGAACUACACCCGUCGUCGGAGGGAAUACAUUUUCUUUGAAGAACACCGUGAGAACCGAAAGAUCCAGGAUUGUUUUGCCUUUCAGCUUUGCGUGGCCGCGGUCCUACACUUUGAUAGUGGAAGCUCUGGACUUGAACAACAGCACCAGCGGCGGCAGCUCCGCGGGGGAGGUGAUCGAGAAGGCGCUGCACUCCGGGAUGAUCAACCCCAGCCCCCAGUGGCUGACCCUGAAGCACAACGGGGCGGUGGCCAAGUUCGACUACCAGAUCCGCGUGACCUGCGACGAGCACUACUACGGCUUCGGCUGCAACAAGUUCUGUCGCCCGCGAGACGAGUUCUUCGGCCACUACACCUGCGACCACAACGGCAACAAGACCUGCCUGGAGGGCUGGGCCGGCCCCGACUGCAACACGGCUAUCUGUCGGCAGGGCUGCAGCGCGGAGCACGGGAUCUGCAAACAGCCCGGAGAGUGCAACUGCAAGUACGGAUGGCAGGGGGAGUACUGUGACCAGUGCAUCUCUCACCCGGGCUGCGUGCACGGGACCUGUGAAGAGCCCUGGCAGUGCCUCUGCGACACCAACUGGGGCGGCCAGCUCUGCAACAAAGAUCUGAACUACUGCGGGACCCGUCAGCCCUGCCUCAACGGGGGCACCUGCAGCAACACGGGACCCGACAAGUACCAGUGCUCCUGCCCCGAGGGGUACUCCGGCGUCACCUGCGAGCGGGCCGAGCACGCCUGUUUGUCGGACCCCUGCUCCAACGGCGGGAGGUGCGUGGAGACCAGCCAAGGAUUCGAGUGCCAGUGCGCCCCCGGGUGGACGGGCCCGUCCUGCGCCAUCAAUUUGGAUGACUGUGACCCAAACCCCUGCAGCCAUGCGGGGACCUGCCAGGACCAGGUGAACGGGUUCAAGUGCAGCUGUCCCCCCCAGUGGACAGGGAGGACCUGCCUCAUCGAUGCCAACGAAUGCGAGGGCCGGCCCUGCGUGAACGCCAACUCCUGCCGCAACCUGAUUGGCGGAUACUUCUGCGACUGCAUGCCGGGCUGGACGGGCCAGAACUGCGACAUCAAUAUUAACGAGUGUCAGGGCCAGUGCCAGAACGGAGGAACGUGCCGGGACCUGGUUAAUGGUUACCGCUGUGCCUGUGCCCCCGGUUUCGCGGGGGAGCACUGCGAGCGGGACGUGGACGAGUGCGCCAGCGGGCCCUGCCUGAACGACGGCCGCUGCCUCGACCAGGUCAACGGAUUCCAGUGCCUGUGCCUGGCCGGUUUCUCCGGCAACCUGUGCCAGCUGGACAUCGAUUACUGCGAGCCCAGCCCCUGCCAGAACACGGCGCAGUGCUUCAACCUGGACACCGACUACUUCUGCAAGUGCCCCGAGGACUACGAGGGCAAGAACUGCUCGCACCUGAAGGACCACUGCCGCACCACGCCCUGCCAAGUGAUUGACAGCUGCACGGUUGCCGUGGCGUCCAACAGCACCCCCGAGGGCGUGCGCUACAUCUCCUCGAACGUGUGCGGCCCCCACGGGCGCUGCAAGAGCCAGGCGGGGGGCCAGUUCACCUGCGUGUGCCAGGAGGGGUUCAUCGGGACCUACUGCCACGAGAACAUCAACGACUGUGAAAGCAACCCCUGCAGGAACGGAGGGACCUGCAUCGACAAAGUGGGCGUUUACCAGUGCAUCUGCGGGGACGGCUGGGAAGGUGUUCACUGCGAAACCAACAUCGAUGACUGCAGCACCAGUCCGUGUCACAACGGAGGGACGUGUAGAGACCUGGUGAACGACUUCUACUGCGAGUGUGCCAGCCCCUGGAAGGGCAAGACCUGCCAUUCCCGCGAGAGCCAGUGCGAUGAGGCCACCUGCAACGGCGGCGGGACCUGCUACGACGAGGUCGACACCUUCAAGUGCAUGUGCGCGCCGGGCUGGGAGGGCGCCACCUGCAACAUCGCCAAGAACAGCAGCUGCCUGCCGAACCCGUGUGAGAACGGAGGCACCUGCGUGGUCAGCGGAGACUCCUUCACCUGCGUCUGCAAAGAGGGCUGGGAGGGCAGCACCUGCACCCAGAAUACCAAUGACUGCAGCCCACACCCCUGCUACAACAGCGGGACGUGCAUGGACGGCGACAACUGGUACCGCUGCGAGUGUGCCGCUGGAUUUGCCGGGCCAGACUGCCGAAUAAAUAUUAACGAGUGCCAGUCUUCGCCUUGCGCGUUCGGCGCCACCUGCGUGGACGAGAUCAACGGCUACCGCUGCCUGUGCCCCCCCGGGCGGGUGGGACCCAGGUGCCAGGAAGUGACGGGAAGACCCUGCGUCACCAACGGGCGCGUGGCGGCGGACGGGACCAGGUGGGAGGAGGACUGCAACACGUGUCAGUGCCACAACGGGAAGAGCACCUGCACAAAGCAGAUGUGGUGCGGCCCCAGGUCCUGCCGGGUGCACAGCAAAGGUCGCGGGGAGUGCCCCGCCGGCCAGACCUGCGCCCCCAUUAAGGACGAGCACUGCUUCGUCAAGCCCUGCCCCGGCCAGGGGGAGUGCUGGCCCUCCGGACAGCCCCCGCUCCGGACCAAAUGUCACCCCGGCUCCAAUUUCCUGGAGAGCAGCUGCGCCAACAUCACGUUCACCUUUAACAAGGAAAUCAUGACUCCUUCACUGCAGGGGUUGACGGUGGAGCACAUCUGCGCCGAGCUGAGGAACCUGUACGUGGUGAGGAACCUCUCGUCCGAGCUCUCGGUGGCCAUGACCUGCGAGCCCUCGCCGACCGCCAACAACGAGAUCCACGUGACGAUAUCAACAGAAGAUCUGAGGCAGGACAGAACGCCCAUCAAAGAAAUCACCGAUAAGAUCAUCGACCUCGUCAGCAAACGCAACGGCAGCAACGCCAUCAUGACCGCCAUCGCGGAAGUCCGGGUGCAACGGCGCCACCCCCCGGCCCCCACCGCAGACUACCUGGUUCCCCUGCUGAGCUCGGUGUUCAUCGUCAUCUGGAUCCUGGCGUUAGGCUCCGCCUUCCUGUGGUGCGUGCGCCGCCGGCGGAAGCAGAGUAGCCAGGGCAACGCCGGCGCCGUGGCGACGGAGGACAACACCACCAACAACGUGCGCGAGCAGCUCAACCAGAUCAAGAACCCCAUCGAGAAGCACCCGGCCAACGCCAACACCAACGCCGUCCCGGUCAAGGACUACGAGGAUAAAAACUCUAUCAUCGCCAAAAUUAGGACAAACAACUCGGAGGUGGUGGUGCCGGAGGAGGAGGAGGAGGGGGCGGAGAAGCGUCUGCAGAAGGGCCGCUUCGCCAAGCGGCCGGCCUACACCUUGGUAGACGGGGAGGACCGAACGCCCCACACCACGCCCACCAAACACCCGAACUGGACAAACAAACAGGACAACAGGGACCUGGAAACAGCACAGAGCUUGAACCGGAUGGAGUACAUUGUAUAGUUGGGGGGGGGGGGGGGGGGCGGAGGGCAGCCGCGUUGCCGUGCAACCUUA